AUGUUCCCAGCAUCAGAGGAGCGCAUCGACAGAAAAUACGGAAAAUGGGGGCGCGUACUCGGAAAAGGCACAGGCGGCACAGUCAGGCUCAUCCAAGGCCCCCCACGCUCAGGCGGGAAAGUAUUCGCAGUCAAGGAGUUUAGGAAGAAGAAAGGAAAGGAGACGGAGUUUGAGUACAGGAGGAUGAUCGCCACCGAGUGCUGUUUUGCUAAUGGCCUAAAACACGUAAACGUCAUCGAGACGGUGGACAUUGUCAGGAAUAAGAGUCGGUAUUUCCAGGUGAUGGAGUACGCCCCGUACGACCUCUUCUCCGUCGUCAUGUCAGGCAAGAUGGUCCAGCCCGAAGUCUACUGCGUCUUCCGCCAGAUAUGCGACGGCGUAUGCUACCUCCACUCCACAGGGCUCGCGCACCGAGACCUCAAGCUCGAGAACUGCGUAAUGACGAAUUCCAACGUGGUCAAGCUGAUAGAUUUUGGGACUGCGACGCCCUCUUUCCACCCGGAUAAGGGACUUAUCCUCUCCUCCGGACUUGUAGGCUCGGACCCGUACGUCGCUCCCGAGGUCAUAAGAGGGGAGAUGUACGAUGCGCGCAAGGCGGAUGUUUGGAGCUUGGGGAUCAUCUUCCUCGCUAUGAUGCUACGCAGGUUUCCGUGGGCGUUGGCGGACCCGAGGAAGGAUCUGAAUUAUAGGAAGUUUGCCAGUACGUUGCAUGAGUUGCCCGCGAGGCCCAGGACGCCGCCGAGUCCGAGAAGAAGGGUUUCAACGGGUAUCAAGUCAAGUGCGAACGGCACGAAUGGCAAGGGGCCCGCGAACGGGACUGCUGCAAAUGGCACCGCGAACGGUACGAUCAAGCUCCCCGUACCGAAACCUCGCCAACGGUCUGCCGAAGAAGGCUUCGACAGCAGCGCCAGCUCGGGGUACGACGUCCCCGCUCCGAGCCUGUGGGGCGCGGGAGAAGGGAGCAUCACCACUUUUACCAGUGUGGAGUCGAGCCUCGUCUUGACGCCUAGCGAUACUGGGGGGUCGAGGGCGAGCGGGCCGUCUGCUCCGGAUGGGGAGGGGAAUCGGGACGGCGAGAGGGAGGGGGAGGAAGGGGAUGCGGAUGCAGAUUCUCUCGAUGGGGUGGAGGACGACAACGACAACUGGGUAGAACCUCGGUUGGAGAGCUACGAGAACUGGGAAGAAGUCAUCGAACGACUUUGUGCAGAACGGGAAAGCAGCAGCAGCAGCGAAGCUUCCUCUAGGUCGUCCUUGCGCUCUUCGCUUUCCCCCCGCGAGGUCACUCGGAAUGGUACGGGGUACGUACAGCCUCCUAGUACGGGGAAUGGGUUCCUUCGACCGCCAGAACCGCACGUGAGGAGGGAAACGAGCGAGCCGGCUCUGAACGUCAACGGCAACAGCAACGGGCUCCGUCCUCCAAGUGGCCUGCAGCCAAAUCGCCUCCCCAGACCGGCAAUAUCGACCAACUUCAACUUUGCCCCUGCCUCCGGUACGCUCUCUGCCCAUCCCGUGCUGGGGGAGGGACUGUCUGCUUCGCCCUUGUCCGCUUUCCCCCCGAAGAGCGCCCCGCCAGAACAGCACCCGUUUGCCGCUUCCUCCCCCACGCUCCCAUCCCAGCUGCGCACCCUGCCAGCGCUCGUCUUCCCCCACAGUCAGGGUCAGAGUCAGAAAGGUGAUGAAAGGGAACAGGAACCGAUAAUCGUCUCACCUGACAACACGCUUUCCUACCUUCCGGCAGAAACGAGGUGGUCGAUACUUUGCAUGCUGCAGAUAGAACCGAAUAGCAGGUGUGGGAUUGCGGAUUUGCUCUACCCCACUCCGGCGCAGGCGCAGAGGGAGGAGAAAGUCCCGAGUGGGCUGCAGAUGACUCCUGCGAGGAGGGCGACUACGCCUCUUACCCCUACCCCCACCCCUGCUCCUGCUCCUGCACCUACUUCUGCUGCGGGCCGGAGAAGGGAAAAGGGGAUUCAGGAAAUGGGAAGGGAGUGGUUGAAGAGCGUGGUGCCCUGUAGCGGUCAUGACCAGAUUCCGGGAACUCCGGGGACAGCGAGGACCCCUCAGGCGCCUACGACUGCUCGGGGGAAUGGGAUUGGGAUUGGGAUUGGGGAGGGAGCGUGGGGGGCAGGGACGGGGUCCGGGGUGGGGGUAGGACAUGUGCAUGUGAGGCUGAAGACGAGCCAGAAGGAGGGGAAGUGGUGGAAGAGGGGUUGA